AACUCUUUGUGAACUGGAGAUAAGGAGAAAUGCAGCGGCCAGUAGUUGGGAGCUGGAAAAAAAAAAAGUGAAUUAAUGGUUUAAGGAUUGCAGACCCCAGGGAGACUGCUGAGAACAGGCAGAACAGAGGAGAAGGGCAUGAGCCAGGCAUGACUGUGCAGAGGGGCUCAGUGGGUGCUAACUUCUCUUUGUGACAAUUUGACAUACAUCGGGUGAUGCACAGUGUGAAGAUUUGGUGCAUAACAGUUCUUCCUGGGAUGUCUGCACUGCAAAUGGAAGGAGAUGGGAGUUUUCUGUCAUUCUGUGUCAAAUUCAAGGAAAUAGAAGAGAUUAACAAAUGGGAGUAAAUAAAUUGGGAGUUUUAUAUCAGUUUUAGUAUCUGAGCAUCUUAAACCCCUGUUCAGGACUGCACAGAGUGGGAUGAAAACAAACAAGUCAUGGAGGUGUUGUAGAGGAGAUCCUUCCUCAGAGCUCCUCAGUACAUGCAUCAUGAAUGAAUCUGCCUCCAGCGGAAAUGGCCAGGAGUUUGAUGUAUUUAGUGUUAUGGACUGGAAGGAUGGCAUAGGUACAUUGCCAGGAAGUGACCUGAAGUUUAGAGUGAAUGAAUUUGGAGCCCUGGAGGUGAUAACAGAUGAAAAUGAGAUGGAAAGUGUUAAAAAAGCCAUGGCUACCACCACCUGGAUGGUUCCAACUGCUCAAGAAGCCUUUUCAGAAAAGACAGGGAUCUCCUCAAAGUUGAAGGAAACUGCAAAAAUGGAUGGACUUGUUUUCUGUGAAAACUGUUAUCACUAUGGUACUGUAGAAGAAUUUGUUCCUGAAGGGAAAUUUUGCAGCCAAAAAUGUGCCCAGCAAGUAAAAAACAAAGAACCAAAGGAGGAAAAGCCCAGCAUGGAAUGCAAUGGGGAUGAUGAAUCCAAAGUCAUUCGGAAAAGAAAAGCAAAAUUACCUCUCAAAGAAGAGUCCAGGGAUAAUGAGGAGAAGAAAGAUAAUCCCGAUGAAACUGAGGAUAAAUCUGAAGGCAGAAUUUUGAGAGUCUCACAGAGAGCCAGAAGAAAAAGAAAAGGGGAUAUAACAGUUUUGAAACAAACUGUAUCCUCUAAAGGGAAGCAACUGUGGUGUUGGGCGUCCUAUCUAGAGGAAGAAAAAGCUAUUGCAGUACCUACUAAGCUUUUUAAAGAGUAUCAAUCCUUCCCAUACAACAAAAACGGAUUCAAAGUAGGGAUGAAGCUGGAGGGUGUGGAUCCCGAGCACCAGUCAAUCUAUUGUGUUCUCACUGUGGCUGAGGUUUGUGGCUACAGAAUACGACUCCACUUUGAUGGAUACUCAGACUGUUAUGACUUCUGGGUGAAUGCUGAUUCUUCAGACAUUCAUCCUGUUGGAUGGUGUGAAAAAACAGGUCACAAGCUUCAUCCACCAAAAGGAUAUAAAGAAGAAGAAUUCAGCUGGCCUUCAUAUCUAAAGGCGUGUAAGGCUCAAGCUGCUCCUAAAUCUCUAUUUGAAAACCAGAAUGCAACAGUGAUUCCAUCGGGAUUUCGAGUAGGGAUGAAGCUGGAAGCCGUAGACAAAAAGAACCCUACAUUCGUUUGUGUUGCUACGGUAACAGACAUGGUGGACAAUCGUUUUCUAGUUCAUUUUGACAACUGGGAUGAGAGUUACGACUAUUGGUGUGAGGCAGCUAGCCCACAUAUUCAUCCUGUUGGAUGGUGUAAAGAACAUAAAAGAACUCUUAUCACCCCACCAGACUACCCACAUGCUAAGCAUUUUUCUUGGGAGAAGUAUUUGGAAGAAACCAGCUCAUUACCUGCACCUGCAAGGGCUUUUAAAGUGAAACCUUCUCAUGGCUUCCAGAAAAACAUGAAACUUGAAGUGGUUGACAAGAGAAAUCCAGUAUUUAUCAGAGUAGCAACUAUUGUAGAUACUGAUGACUAUAGAAUAAAAGUCCAUUUUGAUGGCUGGGAUAGUAUUUAUGAUUAUUGGACAGAUGUAGAUAGUCCUGAUAUCCAUCCUGCAGGCUGGUGUACAAAAACUGGACACCCUCUUCAGCCUCCACUGAGUCCCUUGGAGUUAGUGGAAGCUUUGGAGCAUGGAGGAUGUCCCACAGCAGGAUGUAAAGGAGUUGGGAAUGUUAAAAGAGCAAGACAUAUUGGCCAUCAUAGUGCAGUCAGCUGCCCAUACUCUGAGAUGAACUUGAACAAAGAAAGCCUCCUACCUGAUCGGCUCAGUGGGGAGUUGCCUGCAGCCAAUCAUGUCCCCAGAAACAGAAGAGUGGAAGCAAGGGAAAGAUCCCCCUCUCCUAUAAUCAAUGACAGAAAAUGCCCGAGCCCUGGUCACAUAGGCACAAAAUCUGUAUCUCAUAAUCGAUCAUCUGGGAAAACUGUAUCAGAAACAACUAAGCAGGAAGACAGAAAAAGUGCAUCUCCUUGCAAGAAGCCCCAGUUAUGUGAUGUGAAAGAAAGGAAGCCACCUGGAGGACUGCAGACAAAGGACUCUGUAAAGAACAAAGAGUGUGAAGAAAAAGAGACAGGAAAUAACCUGCUCAUUUCAAAUGAAAUUAAAGUUAUUGAAGAAUCCAAUACCCAGAGGUUUCUGUCUCAACCAGUUGUUGUGUCAUCAAAGCUGCAAAUCCCUGGCCUACCCUUGCGCUGGGAACAGCAAAGCAAGCUCCUGCCAAGUGUAGCUGGGAUCCCAGCCAGUAAAGUUUCUAAGUGGAGUACAGACGAGGUCUCUGAAUUCAUACGGAGUUUACCAGGAUGUGAAGAGCAUGGCAAGGUAUUUAAAGAUGAGCAAAUUGAUGGAGAAGCAUUUCUGCUAAUGACCCAAUCAGACAUAGUCAAAAUAAUGAGCAUUAAACUGGGACCAGCCCUAAAAAUCUUUAAUUCCAUUCUGAUGUUCAAAGCUGCAGAGAAAAACUCACACAAUGAACUUUGAAGAUAAUGGAAAACGUGUACAAGCCAGCUUCCUCCACUGGAGCUCAUGUUUUAUUCAAAGCACAAAGACUCACCAGAAUUAUUGAGUAAGGACUCUCAGAAAGGAAGAAAAGUGUGUUCUGCACUGGUGAACUAUUCAUAUUCUCCUAGAGCCAGUAUACAUCUGAAUCCUUCUGGGAAGUGCUCACGCUUUUAAGAAGGUACUUUUUAACAACCAAGUCAGCUAGUCUGAUUUACCAAACUAAUGGCGCUAAUUCUCCAUGGAGGGUUAGGAUCUCUAAUGCUCUCUGGUCAUCAAGAAAAAACCUUCAUUGAUUAUUUAUGCUGUAUUAUAUAAGGGAACGUUAAUAUUUUCUAAGAAUUCCUGAAUUCUGCUUCAUGUACCCAUUUUACUUUUUGGUAGCUUUUAUUUCUUACCAUCAAAAUAAAAAAAAAUUAGCCAAAAAUUGGGCUAUGGAUAGCCAAAUGAGACUGUUAUGGCUAAUGCAAAUUUGUGCCAUAGUUUGAAAAUGAAACAGUUAAUGUUACAUAUGUGACACUUUAUGCUACAGCAUAUAACUUUACAGAUUAUAAAACUGUCUGUUUGCUUGUAACAAAACAAACCUUGUUGGGGUUGAAAUUAUAAUGCUUUUUUGAUAACUGAAUGUUUUUACUUUUGCACGAUUACAAAAAUGUUAUGUGAGUUUUUCCACCAGCAUCUUUAAUGUAUUUUACCAAAAGAUCAGUAUCGAGAAGGCUGCAACUGAAAAAUAAAGUUUGACUUCAUAGAAGA